AUGCCCCGCCGCACGCAAGCACUCGUUGUCCAGCACGUCAGCGCACCAGCAGUACUCGCCGACAUAGACCUCGCCGAGCCUCGACCAAACGAGGUCCUUGUGCGCAUCACCGCCUGCGGACUCUGCCACACCGACCACCUCGUCCAGCACGGCGGCAUCCCCUCGGCGUUCCCGUCCAUUUUUGGCCACGAGGGCGCAGGCGAGGUCGAGGCGGUCGGGAGCGCCGUCAAGCGCGUCCAGAAGGGCGACAGCGUCCUCCUGUCGUACGCGACGUGCGGCGAGUGCCCUUACUGCACCGCCGACCGACCGGCAGGGUGUGCGCGCUUCUUCGAGAAGAACUUUGGGCGGGCGCGAGACGCCGCGGUCGGGGACGAGCCGGUCGCGAGGGCGGUCGAGACGGGCGAGCCGGUCUACGGGAGCUUCUUCGGCCAGUCGGCCUUUGCGCGACAUGCCGUCGUCAGCGAGUCGAGCGUCGUCAAGGUCCCGCAGGGCACCGACCUCGUGCAACUCGCUCCGCUCGGGUGCGGCCUACAGAGCGGGGCCGGUGUCCUCCUCAACCAGCUCAAGCCGUCGCGAGAAGACUCGGUCAUCAUCUUUGGUCUGGGUGCCGUCGGCUUCGGCGCGUUGUGGGCCGCCGCGCACCUCCAGCUCCGAACGAUCAUCGUCGUCGACCUCGUCUCGACCCGACUCGACCUCGCUCUCGCUCAAGGCGCGACGCACGCCUUCUCGGGCGCGUCGCCAACGCUCCUCGCCGACAUCCGGGCCGCGACGAGCGGCAUCGGCGCACGGUUCGCCAUCGAGGCGACAGGCGUCGAGCGCGUCCUCAAGAGCGCUUGGGACGCCGUGUGCAACUUUGGUCACGUCGUGUCGGUCGGCAACCCGGGUCCGGGCGUCAAGGCGCCGUUCGACAUCAACGAUCACGUGAACCAGUCCAAGACGUGGUCAGGCCUCGUCGAGGGCGCCUCGAACCCGCCGAUCUUCAUCCCGCAGCUCAUGCAGCUGUACGAGCAGGGCGCCUUCCCCGUCGACACCAUCUCGCGUGUGUACCCGGUCGAGCAGUACGAGGAGGCGCUCGCAGCCAUGAAGAGUGGCGAGCUCAUCAAGCCCAUCAUCACGUUCUGA